CAUCUCAGAAUGAACGAACAAGCUCGUUAAGUAUCGUCUUGACAGUGCAAGAGCUCUUCGUUUUUUGAAUGAGUUAUCCAUUGCCAGUGCCUGCGCACAUGAGGAUUCCGCUAAGGUGCUGAAAGGACAGCUCCUCGGAAUCAAUAGAGCCGACGACAGGAAUGAUAAUCAGGAUGUUUAAAUUAAGACUCCUCAACGCUGUCGCCCCAGCAUACUUUUUCUCAGCCACAGCGGUAACCUUCAUUUUUCACUUCUGCUUUUUCAUCCCAACGAUUUUUCAAAGCCCGGGCAUCUCACUGAGAGCAUCAACUGUGAUUCACACCGCCGUUUUCCUAUACCUGAUGCUGAACGCUUUAGGUAACUAUGUCAUGACUAUAAAGUACCCCGCUGAGAGCGCAAAUGAGACUGUGAUUCCUGCAUGUUCGGCAGAUUGCUCAGAUAAAAUAGAUGCCCACUACCUCCUCAACGGUCGCCACUUCUGCAAACUCUGUAAGAAAGUCAUACUCAGGAGGGACCACCACUGUUUUUUUACUGGAAACUGCAUUGGCAACAAAAACAUGCGAUACUUCAUCAUGUUCUGCAUAUACACGUCAUGCACUUGUUUGUACUCCUUGGUUCUUGGUGUGGCCUUUCUAACUGUGGAAUACAACAUCUCCUUUGAGAACCCAUUGACUUUCCUCACCCUUCUGCCCCUAUCCACUGGUUACUUCUUCCUAGGAGUUAUCUCAGGUCUGCAGUUCUUCCUGGUGCUGAUGCUAUAUGUGUGGCUGGGCAUCGGCUUGGUGUGUGCAGGGUUCUGCUGUCAGCAGGUGCUGCUGGUAGCGCGGGGGCAGACCUACUGCCAGAUGAAGCGUGGCCAGCUGGUGGAGAGCUGCAGCUCAUGGAAGGACAACCUGAGUGAUGUGUUUGGCUCCCACUGGGCAGUGGGGCUUUUCCUGCCAGUACAGACAGUGGAGGCCUUUUCAGGAGAGGUCACUGCCCACCACCAUAAACAUGACUGAGGUUUACCAGGGUAGAGAGAACCUGGACAUCAUUCACAUGAACUACCCCCAGUGGUUCACAUAAAGAAGAUCUCAAUUGCAUACUCCUCACGUCCUCGCUCUUCGUCUCCUUCUCAAAACCCAU